AUGGAUGAGGGUUGGAAAGUAAAAAGGCCACCUAACGGGACGAAGGCGGAGUCCAAGCUGUUUUCUGCACAAGGACACAAGUGGAAGUUAGUUCUAUCGAACAGGGGCGGGAGGAUAUAUUUGGCAUUGGAAUACCAAGGGGGAUCGUACCACGACGUCCUGACAACAUUUUGUUUUGAUAUUAAUGGGAAGAGGCACGAGUAUCAGUAUCAGUUUUCGAUGUUCAAUACCGAUAUUGGAAUUUAUGUUGAAGACAAGGACAGCUAUGUGGUCAAGGUUGAUAUAAGCGUGAGGAGUGGAUACUACAACUCAAGAAAGGAAACGGGGCAUGUAGGGCUUCGGAAUCUUGGAGCAACUUGCUAUGUAAACUCCCUAAUGCAGGCCUUGUUCAACAUAGCAAAGUUCAGGAACGACGUCUUUGGGCUAGAGCCUAGCGGAAGGGUGCUGCUCCUCCAGAAGCUAUUCAAGGAAAUGCAGGUGGAAGAGCAUCCCGUGGACACAACAGACUUUGUUGUGAACAACAUAUGGGUGGAUGAUGUUCAUGUCCACCAGGACAUUCACGAGUUCUCGAAGGUUUUUUUUGAUUCUCUGGAGAAGGACAGCAAGAGAAAGGACUUUAUAGAGGAUCUAAUCCAGGGAGAGUUGACGACCUACAUAGAUGGAAAGUGCGGAUGUGUCCGGAAAAUAAAGGAGAAGUUCCAGGAUAUCCAGGUGGAGAUCAGGGACUUCCUCAACAACAAACUGUCAUCAAAUCUCCACGAGUCUUUGAAGAGGUAUGUGGAGGCGGAGGUGCUUGAUGGAAAUAACAAAUACAACUGUGAAAAGCAUGGGUUUGUGGAUGCAAAGAAGGGGGUGCUGUUCAGGUCUCUUCCCCCGGUGAUGUUUGUUCUUCUGAAGAGGUUCAAUGUUGACUUUGAGACAGGAAAUGGCUAUAAAGUGAACGACUACUUUGAGUUUCCCUCCUCAAUUGACAUGUCACCGUUUAUGGAGAAGGACGAUGGCGAGGAGAAGCAGUCUGACGAGACAUAUGAUCUCUAUUCUGUGAUUGUGCACAGAGGAGACCAUGACGAAGGACACUUUUAUGCUUACUUGAAGAUUGGUGGAAGAUGGCUCAAGUUCAACGACACGGUUGUGACAGAGGCUGGGGAGAUGGAGGCCAUGGAGCAUAAUUUUGGAGGAAAACAUCCUUACAAGGACAAGAUAAGGGAUUACUCGGGAUACUAUCUGAUUUAUCUCAGAAGAAGUAUGUCUGACAGCCUGUUGAAUAUGAAGGUUACUAUUCCUGGAAGAAUAGAGGAGAUACUAAAAAAGAAGCAAAGCAAGGUCCCGAUCAAGUGUAUAAAAAUAGAUAACAUCAGGAACUAUAGGGGGGUUGGAUUCUACAAUGUCAGCUCAUACGACUAUCCCCUGAGUGGAUAUACUGAGUUUAUUAUAAAAGAGGGAGAUAGCAUUAAGCUUCUGAAAAAUAACAUCGAAAAGCACCUUAACACUCGGAGAUUCUUGUAUCUGUUUGAAUGCACCAGGAUGGAAGACACCAAGAAGAUGGAUACAGCAGAAAGGCCAAGCAAGAGGAUUAAAGAGGAUGCCCAUGGGUCGAUGGAGCCUGAGACUGGGAAGGGAGAAGAUAUUUCCAGGGCCAUCGAGUAUGUAAGACUCAGCCAUCAGAGGAACGUGAGCCUUGUAAGCGACGGGUUUGUCAACACUGAUGCUGACUACUUCAUUUAUGCAUGCUAUCCAGAGGUUGACUUUAAGAGAAACAGGCUUAUCUUUCUGAAGGUUUUUAGUAAUAUGCCCUGGUGCGAAGACACACUACCCACCUCUUUAAGGCUUUGUGCAUGUAUACAUAUGGAAGGAACGAUCAAGGACAAUAUGAGCGUUAUCAUUGAGAAAACAGGGCUUGAAGAUGUUGUGGUGUUCAGGGAGUUUGAUUUCUCGUCUGCAUUGGACCCGUCUACUGAUGUUUCUAGCCUUCCACAAGGAGACGUCUUGAUUAGCGUUCGAAGGGAGGAUGUCCUGGAGUUCCUUGACUUUAUAAGCGAUUUCUAUAGAAGACUGUGUGUGAAUGUUUCCUGCGGCCCUCACAACUUCACUGUGUUUGUGAGAAGGGGAUUGACGAGCACAGAGCUUGAGGGCAAAAUCCGGCGGUUUGUAGGGUCUAAGGAAAUCUUCCUGAAGAGAGGAGAGGCUGUUUCUGAUAGCUCAGGAUUCAGGACGGCAGUGGAAGACUUCACACAGUCGGAUGCGGAGUCGGAUGCCCGUGAAAGCCUGCAAGCAAAGAACACUGUGACUUGCACUAUCAGUCCGGAGUAUCAGGUGGUUUAUCUGGGGUUCUGCAACAAAGAGAUGGACUACAACUCUGUUCCUCAUCUUCACAUUUUUGUAACCAAGAUCGGGUGCACCUCCCUGGAGCUAAUCAAGAACGUUCUUGUGUCUCAUUUUAUAUGCCUCAAUCCUGUGCGGGGGCAUUCUCUGAAGGCCCUGAGGAUAGUAGACACUGUUAGAGAUACGCUGUAUCUUAAGGGGUUUGGGAUGUCCGAGGAAUUUACCGCCAAUGGGAUGUGUGUUAUCCAGCCCUUUGUAAAGAGGGCUAUCAAGACAGCAUACUACAGUGGAAUGUACAAGAUAAUAGGGUUUCCAUUCUUCUUGCAAACAGAUGCAGAGAGCGUUGCUGAGUUCAGAAAGAAAUACAAACUGUUUGGGAAGAUGGUUAUGUUUGACGGAAAGAGCUAUACAGACUUAGAGCUCGACUGGCCUAUGAGCAAGUUCAAUGACGAAUGCUUCCUGUUGAUUGAAAGAACGUAG